CGUUCCGCGCGGCGGGUCAGGGCGGUGGUUGGGCUGCUGACCGUCCGUGGGUGGUCCAGGGUGGGCCGAGGCUGCCUCGGAGCUGGUUUGCUUAGGGGCGCUGCAUGCCGCGGGGCCUGGGAUGGCUUCUGUGACCCGCCGACCCUGGCUGGUCUCGGCGUGAGGGGCCUGAGGGGAGGCGGCCUUUUCGCCUGCGGAGUACGCUCUGUGCAUCCUCGAGACUCGGGCCGCUUUCUCUGAGCGAGAGGUCUCUUGUCGUAGACGGAAGGGCCAGCGGCCUCAUGUAGCGAGCUUCCCAGCACUGGACAGGGUCACAGACGAAGUAAGCAGUACCAACUGGAUUGAGAUCUUCACAGGCAAAGAGCUGUCUGGCUGUCAGCCCUUCAUCUUUGGUUAAGGAAAUGACCAACCAGUACAGUAUUCUCUUCAAACAAGAACAAGCCCAUGAUGAUGCCAUUUGGUCAGUUGCCUGGGGGGCAAACAAGAAAGAAAACUCUGAGACAGUGGUCACAGGAUCCCUGGAUGACCUGGUGAAAGUGUGGAAAUGGCGUGAUGAGAGGCUGGACCUGCAGUGGAGUCUGGAGGGACAUCAGCUGGGUGUAGUGUCUGUGGACAUCAGCCACACCCUGCCCAUAGCUGCAUCCAGUUCUCUUGAUGCCCACAUUCGUCUCUGGGACUUGGAAAAUGGCAAACAGAUAAAGUCUAUAGAUGCAGGACCUGUGGACGCCUGGACUUUAGCCUUUUCUCCUGAUUCCCAGUAUCUGGCCACAGGAACUCAUGUGGGGAAAGUGAACAUUUUUGGUGUGGAAAGUGGGAAAAAGGAGUACUCUUUGGACACAAGAGGAAAAUUCAUCCUUAGUAUUGCUUAUAGUCCUGAUGGGAAGUAUCUGGCCAGCGGAGCCAUAGAUGGAAUCAUCAAUAUUUUUGAUAUUGCCACAGGAAAACUCCUGCACACGCUGGAAGGCCAUGCUAUGCCCAUUCGUUCCUUGACCUUUUCCCCAGAUUCUCAGCUCCUCGUCACUGCUUCAGAUGACGGCUACAUCAAGAUCUAUGAUGUACAACAUGCCAGCUUGGCUGGCACACUGAGUGGCCAUGCGUCCUGGGUGCUGAAUGUGGCGUUUUGUCCUGAUGACACCCACUUCGUUUCCAGUUCAUCUGACAAAAGUGUAAAAGUUUGGGAUGUUGGAACGAGGACUUGUGUUCACACCUUCUUUGAUCACCAGGAUCAGGUCUGGGGAGUAAAAUACAAUGGGAAUGGUUCAAAAAUUGUGUCUGUCGGAGAUGACCAGGAAAUUCACAUCUACGAUUGUCCACUUUAAACUGAGUCUUACAGGCUCAUGCUGGAAAGAGAAUGUACAGAAUGAUGACAUUCCUUACCUUUCUAACUUAAAAAACAGCAUUUAAUAUAGCAAAAACAGAUUUUUGUAGAUAAAAUGUAAAUCUUUUUUUUUUGGAAAUGCUGUUCAUACUCUAACAUAAAGUGUCCUUAAUGCAAAUAC